UAUUUGGAAAAUGGCUCUCAAUUUGUCACCAUUUUUGUCUACAAAAACCCCCCUCUUUUCCCACUCUCACUUCAAUUUACAAUCACAACAUUCAACUUCCCUUCUUCACUAUGCCCAGACCACAACAGAGAUUCCGCGGUGUCCGACAGCGCCAUUGGGGCUCUUGGGUCUCCGAAAUUCGCCAUCCCUUAUUGAAAACUAGAAUUUGGCUUGGUACUUUCGAGACAGCGGAAGAUGCUGCGCGAGCAUACGACGAAGCUGCGCGCCUUAUGUGUGGACCGAGAGCACGUACCAACUUCCCUUACGAUGCUUCUCUCUCUCGCUCCUCGUCUUCUCGCCUUCUCUCAGCUACUUUAACGGCUAAGCUCCACCGUUGCUACAUGGCGUCUUUGCAGCUAACUAAGCAAUCCUCCUCUGCUGCACGUCGCCCUCAAACUGACUUCUCCAUGGCAUCCGGCAUUGCUCCGAUCGAGCGAGUGGAAGCGGACACUACAUCGACCGCGAAGAAAAUCAAACUGGAGAGCGUGGAUUGCGGGGAGCCGUUGAUGAUUGAGAUAUUGGAUGAUGAUCAUAUACAACAAAUGAUCGAGGAACUGCUUGAUUACGGCGGAAUUGAGCUUCGUUCUGCUUCUGUUAUGCAACCUCAACCCAUUUCACAUUGACCGUUAAGUCGUCUUCUUCAACUAUAAAAUUUCAACUCUAAUUAUAUGUACAAAAUAUCAAUUAAUUUAGCUAAUUUAAUUAACCAUUAAGGGAGAAAAAAAAAAAAAAAAAAAAAAAACUUUUGAUCGUUUGAGGUCAUUAUUUCCUCUUGGCCAAUCCAGAUUUGUUUCUCUCUAGUUUGGCCAAUUGAGUGGCGGCGCCCCCAAUUUAUUUCAUGUAAUAUUUUCCAAACUCCUCUGCAUCACAUUAUUAUUAAUAUA